ACAUGAAUGCAUCUCUAUGAUAAGCAAUCUUUGAAUUUUUAGUAUGUUAAUAUAAUUCAAAUUCAGUUUAUCAUUUAUAAUCCCAAGUCACUAAAAUAGAAGAAUAUAAAGAGUAUUACCUGAAAGGCUGAAACUAAAAAGGUUUAAUAUAUUAAUAACUGGUUAGCUGUUUUGGAUGUUCAUGACAUUUGUGCAUGUAUGAUAUUUUAUAAUUUGUGAAUUAAAUAUCCUUAAAGGAAGAUUUCCUUAGAAUAUGCAACUUUUUGGAUUUCAAAGUCUUCAGUAAUAGUAUGUAUCCUAAGAUAUGCAUGUAGUUCUUGUGAUGAAAGGAAAAUAACAUAGAUGAGGUUCUCACGCUAACGAAGUCGGUCUUUUCACUAUUAAGGGAAAGCAGGUCGGAUGUACGUAAAACUGAUUAACAUAGGUAUCUUUGUAAUAACCAAUUUACAGUCAGGAAACAAUGACGUAGUUUUAACGAGCUAGUUAAAAUUUAAUUCUUGACUCAAGGCUGUCAAAGUCCUCGACCACUCCUGCACACGUGGUAGAAGUUUUGAUGACUUUAUAAUGGUGCAAUCUUAAAUGCCAUCAUUCAAUGAAGGGGCAAGAGAGUUGGUGGCAAAGAAAAGUGGCAGAGAAACCAGUAACAAAUUAAAACAAAAAAUAGUGAAUAAUCAGGCUUGCAUGUUAUAUUUAUUUUCCAAAAAACAUUUGUACAUUAUGAUUUGUUGAAAUUUGUUUUAAAGCAAAAUUUUAUUUUCUUAUUAAUUGAGCUGUUACCAAUGCUACAUUUUCCUUCCUACAUCACUAAUCUUUGAUAUAUGUUGCAAGAGGUUGGUGUAUCAUUCCUUUAGUGUGUAAUCUUGAAGAUGAGCAUGGCUAAGGGAUACAAUACCUUUGAGUCUACCCAGCACGUAAUGGUAUAAUUUUUCAUACCUCUGAACUCUAAUCCAAUCGACCACAAAAUAAAUUUCUAAACACACAUAUUUCAGAGGCAAGGCCAACGAAUUAAUGGCCCAAAAAUAAUUAACGGCCCACAUGUCAACCUUGAGAGAAACCUUCUUUUUUUUUUUCCUGAGAGAAACCUUCAAAAGGUUUUCUGAAAGAAAAAAACUGUAAACACUUAAGAUUCAGGGAAAAUUUGGAAAAAUACUCUGCAAAUAGAUUUUAUUUUGAAAAAUACACUGUGUUUUAUUUCUUUUGAAAACUACACUUUUUGUUAAGUUAAAUGACUAAAUUGUCCUAACUAAAAAUAUAUAAAUACAUUAAGAAUUUAGAUUUAAUAUUUUGAUAUUGUUUUCAUUUAAAUGAAAAUAGUAAGAAAAAAAUGAAAACAAUCAUAUUUGAAGUCUUUAACUUGAAGAAACAAUCUUUUGUAUGAACCAAAAAAAUUCAUGUAGUUUGGAACUUACCAAAUUUUGAUCUAGUGCUAUUGUGCUUUAUAAGUUUUGAAUAUUUCCACUCUGUUGAAAUUUUCAACAUACUCAUGACUAAUGCAACAAUUUAUGACCUCAUGAAUUUUAUCACUUAUUAGUGGAGAAAUUUUUUUUAAUUGUGACAAGUUCAGUGUGAUGAUGAAUUUUAAUAUGUAAAAUCUUACAUAAUACAUUAGGAAAGUGAUAAUUUUUCCAUAAUAAUUUCUGUUUAUAUAAGAUUAAUAGUUUUUAAAUGAUAGACACUGAAUUUUUAAAUUAUUUGUCCAAUUCAAUAUUUAAAUUAUUAAAUCAUUAAUAUAUUUUACCUCAAUAAUUUCAAAAUUUAAAUUUUUAUAAGAUAAUAUUUAACUGAAAUCUGAUCAAAAUGUCUUUUUACAUAUAUGAAAAGUGUAAUUUUCAAAAAACAAAAUCAAUGCAUUUUUCAAAUUUGAUAACAUAAACAGAAUAUUUUCCUAAUUAUCCCUAACUAAUUUUAAUAUGUCAUUAUAUAUCCUAAAUUGUAUUCUGUGAUAACACUAAAUAAUAUCACCGUAGAAUUUAAAAUAAAAAAAUAAAGAAGACGAAGAAGAAGAAAAAGAAGAAGAAGAGAGAACAGCGGGGCGACGAUUUAGGCUAUUAAUAAGGGUCAAACAAGAUUAUACAAGUGCAAAGCUUUCUUAGAGUCAAAGCAAUAUUCUUCUUUCUAUUGGAUUUUGAAUUGAAGCUGGAGAUAACUCAAAACAACAACGAUAAAUAUAAUAACAUAAAAAAAAAAGAAAAAACAAGAUCCCAUCCCGUACACAUAAAGAUGAUGUGGUUUCUUGAUUUGGACUUGGAACUAACAUGCCAAUAUCAUCAAACUAUCAUUCUCAUUCACUCUUUUUUUUGUAGUCAGUACAUCUAACAAUAUCAUUUCUAAAUCCUUCACCAACUUUUUACUAUUAUAAAGUUUUUGAACUAAUACUAUUAUAAACUUUUGAAACUAUUAAUCUCUAUCGCUGAUCACGAAACCAAUCAGUGUUUGCCCGGCCGAUGUACGAGUGACUACAUGCAUGUAUAAUGUAUGUGAUUAUAAUUUGCGUGAUCAGAUUCGUUAAGUCGAAAAAAAAAAAAACUCACGGCUCACGUGCUUAAGCAGUAAAUACAGCUCUGAUCAGUCUUCACUAACUAUCUAUCUUCAGUUAUUUUCAUGUUAAAGUAGUUAUAUUACAAACCAGUUCCUGUUUUGCUUAUAUAUAUAUUGACACAUGUGCAACAUAUAUCGUGGCCACUAAAUCUUAAACCUGGUAUUUUACUUGCCUUCAAAGCGUUCCUCGGCUAUCUUCCUACAUACUAUCUUUAAAAGUCACUUGACUUUAAUAUUUCUCUUUGUGUUUCUUUCUACUUUUCUCCCUUUUCUUUCCAUCCUCUGAGAACAUGCCUGAAUGUCCCUAGAAAGGUAAAAAGUGAACAUCUCAUUAGUGAAACCUUUUUUCUCUCUACAUUGAUUUAGAUUUCCCUCAAAUUGGUGGAUAUGGUUGAUUUAUACCUUUUAGUCAUAUAUUCAUGUUUUUAAUGAAAACUAAAGUUCUUCUUGGGUUCGUUGUGCUUAGGGAGAGAUUUGAACUGUUACGGAAAAUUUUCAAAAGAGAAGCUGAUGCUUGGCCUCAUCAAAUGGCAGGAAUCAGAAGACCAAUGUCCGGUCCUCCCGGAACACUCAAUACCAUUACUCCUUGUGCUGCUUGUAAGCUUUUGCGCCGUAGAUGCGCUCAAGAAUGUCCUUUUUCGCCUUAUUUCUCCCCACAUGAGCCUCAUAAGUUCGCAUCCGUCCACAAAGUCUUUGGAGCUAGCAACGUAUCCAAGAUGCUAAUGGAAGUACCGGAAAGUCAGAGAGCAGACGCGGCAAAUAGCCUCGUGUAUGAAGCAAACGUAAGGCUAAGGGAUCCGGUGUACGGAUGCAUGGGUGCAAUCUCAGCUCUACAACAACAAGUUCAAGCUUUACAAUCCGAGCUUACGGCCGUACGAUCGGCGAUUCUCAAGUACAAGCAACGAGAAGCAGUCGCCACUUUGAUCUUACCUUCCAACUCCCAAGUCGCGGGGUUUCACAACUCCAGCGGCGUCUCCGUCAUUGCACCACCACCACAAACACCGUCAACUCCACCGCAACCUACGGUGGCUCCUCCUCCUCCAUCUUCUUGUGUUUUCUCUCAACCAACCACAAGAGCCUUGGAAUACAGUGACAUUGAAAAUGAGAACAACUCUUACUUCGGUUGAAAUUUAUUUGAAUCAUUAUACAAACACACACACACACAUAAUUUAUUGCGAUAAUUUAUGGUCCGGUGAUUAACUAAACUAAAUAAAUAUAAGGGAGGAAGGUUUAAAAAGCCUAUCAUUAAUCGAGCAAAUGUAUAUUUAUAAACUUUAACCGACAGUUAGAUGAGGUUAAGGUUUUGUUUCAGACCUAUACAUUGAAGUCUAUUUAUUUUCUUUCUUAUCGAUAAACAAACUUGAUAUUUCAAAAAAAAAAAAAAAA